AUGCCACGAUCCCCAGCCGAUCCACCUGUAGCAGAAUGGUCCACCCUUUGGAAAGACAUGCAACCCACGCUUGCUAAAAUACGGCGAUCCAUGAUUACAGCACGAACGACGCCCAUCAAGGUCAUGCGAGUCAGCCAACUGGAUUCCGAUAUUUUGGACAGUGAGCUUUUUACCAUACUCAAAGAACAAUUAUGGAGCGCCUUAUCCUUAUUCAAACCCACGUUCAAGGAACGAUUUGAGCCCGAGUUAUUAGCCGUGUUGAACCUCGUCCUUUUCAAAUUCUCAGUAUACGACUCCAAUGCAACGUAUGGUGCCCAACUUCAAAACUUGAAAUAUCGUAAUGAAUGGAAACAUCGGGGACCAUUAGAAUCCAUUGCCAAAGAUUCGCCAUUGACACAAACACAAAAGAUCCUUUAUGGUGUAUUGACGGUGGGAGGACAAUAUGCAUGGACACGAUCGAAUCGAUACAUUACUGAACAAGGAUGGGGUGAAUUGGACGAGUCAGAUAUCCGUAACAAGGUGUAUCGUGUCCUUCAAGCAGGCGAAAAGUAUUGGAAAGCAUUCUCUCUAUUGAACUUUUUGGUAUUCCUAUGGAGUGGAAGGUUUCGCACAUUGAUUGAUCGUAUCCUGGGGAUGCGUAUGGUUUAUGCACAAAAGUCAUUGAAUCGCCAAGUCAGCUUUGAAUUCUUAAAUCGUCAAAUGGUGUGGCAUGCAUUCACUGAAUUCCUUCUUUUCCUUGUGCCAUUGAUCAAUGUGGAGAAACUCAAGUUACGCUUGAUGCGUACGCUUCUUCCUAAAGCCUACCUUGUAUCAGCCAAAGGAUAUGACCAGUUGCCCGAAAACCAAUGUGCCGUAUGCCACGAUAACUCAUCUUCCAGCGACUCGGGACCUAUUGGCCAAGUUCGCGACUACACGGUCCAUAAUCCUUACAAGGCCGACUGUGGACAUGUGUACUGCUAUUAUUGUAUCCAGAGCAAAUUGGCUAUCUUUGGUGAUGAAUGGUCUUGUCUUCGUUGCGGCGAGCGGGUAUCUACAGCAACCAAGGUCAUCAACAAGGUCGAAUUAGAAGAAGAUAAUACCAUAGAAGAGAAGAGUAGCAGUAGUAAUCAUGAUGCCAAAAAGGAAUAA